AUGGCCGAAGGAGGGCCGGGCGGAGACGCCGCCAAGUGUGCAGCUCAGGAGGAGCGGAGCCCGGCGCUGGUCGUGGCUGGAUCCGGCUACUGCAAGUGGUUUAAUGUGCGCAUGGGAUUCGGAUUUAUAUCGAUGACCCACAGCGAAGGACGUCAGGUUGAACCCCCACAAGACGUCUUUGUGCACCAGAGUAAGCUGGUGAUGGAGGGUUUCCGGAGUCUGAGGGAGGGCGAGCAGGUGGAGUUCACAUAUAAGAAGUCCAGUAAAGGGCUGGAGUCACUCAGGGUAACAGGGCCUGGGGGUGCGUCAUGCUCCGGCAGUGACCGGCGACCCAAAGGCAAAGCCCCGCCCCCUAAACGCAAACCAAAGGGAGACCGGUGUUAUAACUGUGGAGGUCUGGACCACCAUGCUAAAGAAUGCAGUCUGCCCCCUCAGCCAAAGAAAUGCCACUACUGUCAGAGUGUUGCCCACAUGGUGGCCCAGUGUCCCCACAGGGGGGCGCCAUCUUCCAGCAGCUCUCAGGACCCUCACCCACCCCGAGAUGAGAGAGCACACUCUUCUUCUCCAGAGGAAGCAUCUGCCUCUCAGCGCUGGAGGACGCAGUGA